UUGAUCCCAAACAUGUGUAUGAACAUAAUAAACCUCCAUAAAUUUAUAGCUAUGAUAGGAAAGGCAAUCUUACGUGAAUGAUAAAUGUAGGAACACUACAGAUUAACAGGAGAUACACAAGAAUCCUCAUUGAUACAGGGGCACAACGAUCAUUUGUGAGUGAGUCAUUCACCAAAGGAUUCAACGAACCGCUAGUACCGAUGACUCAAACUCUAUUGGUUUCCACACCUUUGGGAGAUGACAUCGAAAGAGAUAGCCAUUAUCCCUCGUGUGAAGUGGAAGUAGAGGGUCAAACCUUGACGUGUGAUUUUGCACCAUUGGGUAUGAUUGAAUUCAAUGCAAUCCUCAGGAUGGAUUGGGGUGAGAAGCAUCAUGCCAAGGUCGAUUGCUACACAAAGGUCUUCAAACUUGAAAGCGGUGAAGGAUUGAUCCUACACUUUGAGGGAGACAUGGGCAAGGCAACCAGUUGUAUUAUAUCUGUCGUGAGGGCACGGAAGAUGAUGAAGAAAUGAUGUCACGCGUACCUUGCUUACGUGGUAGAUGAGACAAAGAAAGAAGUUGACAUCAACGAUGUACGUAUUGUGUGUAAGUAUCCGUACGUCUUCCCCAAAGACUUACUGGGGCUUCCACCCGAUAGGGAAAUCGAAUUCGUGAUCGAAGUGGAGCCAGGAACCAAACCCAUUUCGAUUCCUCCUUAUCGAAUGGUACCAGCAGAACUCCAAGAGUUGAAGGUCCAACUGCAAGAGUUAUUGGACAACGGAUUCAUUAGACCUAGUAAUUCACCGUGG